AUGCCAGCUCCCGAACUUCGGUUGAGUCUGUUAUCGACGAGGCACGCAUUGUUCAUCAAGGCCAGCAGCUCAAUUUUUGACCGCUUUCAGGUCGGCACGUUACCCAAGGCUGAACAGGCUGAAAUAAGAUCUCGAGUGUUGGUGAAGGAGAGGGCGCCAAUUGCGGAUAGAAUCGCCGGUCUGUCGGCCUCUGCAGCAGUGGGAAGUCUGACAUCAAUAUCAGAGCCAAUAGCAACUCCACUCGAUGAGUGGAUGAACUCCGAUACGUCUCGGACGCUCUUCUCUGGGCAGGCAUCGUCAGACUGGGAUGUACUGUCUGCCGUCGAUGGAGGUGCCGAGCAGCCUCCAGAUAGCAUCCCGGACGGAUAUUUUGGAAGUUCUCCUUCACGUAGCGCUGGCUUGACGCAAUUUCAGCGCUUCAUUCGGCGUAUGGAAGGGGCGGGUUCCGCUACCAUCUUCGAUCGCCUCAAGGAGGUGUGGACGGAGCCACUGGACGAAGCCGCGCGCGCGGAGAUGGAGCUCGAGAAACAUCUGUGGGUGCUUACCGCCCUGCAGCUGCAGUCGGUCAAUGAAGCCACUCUACCCUCACAAGCUGCGUUCAGCCAGCUGCUUCGGUUUCCACCUCUGGAGGGCAAAAGGAAUAUUCUGCAGCUGUAUGGCAAUCUUGCCGAAGUAUACCUCCUCUCCGCCAUUCACCCCCACGAAAGCGUCAACUACCUCACCAACAGUCUCGCCUCCUCACCCACCACACCACUCCCUCAUAACGUCUCCACGCUGUCUUCUUCCAUCGCCUCCAACCCCACCCUUCCCUACGCCAGCAGCACAAUCGACCACAUCCGCACAACCUCCCUCCCCGCUCUGGUCUCCUCGUCUUCCAUCCCUCUCCUUCUGAAAGAAUGUCACCGCGUCCUCGCCCCCGGUGGCAUCCUCGAGCUUCGCCUCAUCGAAGCAGCGCCUAAGCGCGCAACCACCGGUCCAGCUAUGAAGAAAUGGCUAGAAGAGCGUUUGAUACCGGGAAUCGAGUCGUCUUUCCGCUCCACCCGACCGAGUCUGCUGGUCCCGAAAUUCGUCAAGGAGGCGGGAUUUAGUUUACUGGUGCCGCCUGGGCAGUGGAAUAAUCUGACGCAGGUGCUGAAGUUUCCUGCGGCGCCCAGGGCGGGCGAGGAAGAUGUAGAUGCGGAGUUAGCUGCACUAGUCGGGAGGGCGUUAUGGAAGGAUGUGUGGGGCACCUUUGUCGAGGGGAAUGGUGGGUGGUGGUGGGAGCUGGAAGAUGUGAUCACAGAGUGCAGGGAGUUUGGGACGGUAUGGGAGUGCGGGAGUUUGUUUGCUUUUAAGGAGUGA